UAUUCACCAGCUUAUUUGCCCAGGAUUUCUGAGCAGCAAGAAGUUGAGUUUCAGACGUCUGGAAGUUUCCAGUCCAACGCCGAGCGCUGAAGACGAAGGAAAUGCUGAGAGAAGAUUCACUUGCACAUGAAGAGAAACUCACGGAUCAGUGGACUGGGUGCUGAUAUGAGGGAUGUCUGCGAGCUCUGUUUGCCAGGUUUCUUGGAGACGGCAUUGGUUAGUUAAACCCACAACAAGCAAUUAACUCCAUACAGACCUGCAGUCACGUUCAGCCGCUUCAGAGAGACGAUCGAGACUCUUCACGAUGGAUGUUUUCCAGGAGGAACCCGCGGUUUGAGACCGGAUGUCAUGCCUUACCUCGUCCACACGGCGCAUGCGCAGUUCGCGGCGCUCUGGUUUGGGACGGUCGGCUGGACGCUUGUUAUCGUAACCAUCGGGCUGGUGGAGUGGAGGGUUUGGGAAGUGUCCGAUCUGUCGGUCAUCACCUCUGGAUUGGCUUGGGUUGGUAUUUGGAGAGUGUGUUUUUAUAGCCACGCUCCGAUUUUAUCUGACAAUCAGAUCAUGUUCUGUCAGCGGAUUCGUUUGUCGGAGUCGUUCACGCCACCGGAAAUCGUCGCGGCGCAGGUGCUGAUGCUCGUGGCUCUGACUCUCGGAUUGGCGGGAAACGCCAGCGUAGUUUACGGCCUCAGGAACGUUUACUUUGGAUUAAACAAAUCCAAACCCAUCAGAUUAGCUUUUUCUUCUGGUGGGGUUUUGCUUAUUCUUACUGGUGCUUCUGCGCUGGUUCCAGUGUGCUGGAAUCUCAAUUCCGUUGUAAACAAUCAGACUAUAUCGUUCCCGGCGGAGUUUCGCAUGCCAUCCGCUCCGGUGAACCAGUCCAUCGGACCCGGUAUCAUCGUGGGGAUUUUUGCAUCCAUCCUGCUGGUUUUUAGCGGGAUGGUCUUUCUGUCCUACAGGGCCCCGGUCGUGCUGGAGCCCAAAGUGAGGCCAUCCAGGCCCGGAGACUGUGCAGUGGGAACCCAUGUGAACCAUCAGGGAAUUGACAAUCCAGCUUUCCAAAGCUGA